AAAACCUACAUAUAAUUAACACACAAGAAGUCUAUAACUAACCUCUCCACCGUAACUUUUCAAUUUCCCCUUUGUCCUCUCUAUACACUAUUGGCUCUUGUCGAGUUGAAGAUCGUAAAUGGAUCAUUCAUGGCGUCCUCAUCUUCAUCCACCAGCACCAGCACCAGCACCAGCACCACCAAUCCAAUCUACAAUCUGUCCAUCUUGUUCAAUUUCACACUUCCCAUUUUGCCCUCCUCCUCAUCAACCACCCCCUUUCCCAUCAAACCCUACUUUCCAAUAUCCUCAUCAACCCUUCCCCCACCCCUAUCCACAUGACUCGGGGGUUUACGAUCCCUUCAUCGAUCAUCGCGGUGGGCCCCCCCACAUCCCUCCUCCUCCUCCUCCUCCGUAUGGGAAUCUGAACCCUAGUUAUGAUUCACCACCGCCCGCGGGUCCGUUUAAUGUUGGAGUAAAGAGAAUGAGAGUUGAUGAUUCACCUGCUCCGUUACCUAGGUUCUCAGCUGAUAAUCAAAGGAGAUUGGAACUCAUUAACGAGUUUGGUGCCCCGGAUUACGAUGGAUUUAUAGGUGGUAGAAAUAGCAACACCGGUGGUUAUUUAGAUCAUCAAGGUUAUGGUAAUUUGGACAGAAAUCAGACGUUUCUUGAUCAACAACUUUACGAGAGACAACAAUAUUCCCUGAGGGAAGGGAAUGUAAACGAAGAACGUUUUGAGAGGCAGCAAUAUCCGACGAGGGAAGGGAAUGUACAGUUUGGACAAUUACGAUAUGAUGAACUUGACAAUAAUUUUUCGCGGAGAAAUGGUUAUAAGUAUGGUGGUGGUGGUCAUCAAGCCGACAGUUACCACAAUGUAGAGCGUGAGUUUCCAUGGGAUCGAGUUUCAGGGAUGAAGAAGCUGUACCAUGAACAACCUAGCUGUUUGCCAAUGGAUGGUCGUGGUUACAACCAUCAUUAUUCGGAGGGUUAUGCAAUGCAGAAUCAUGUGGAGUCGAAAUCAAAUCACUAUGGUUCGCCAUAUGACCAUAGGGUUAAUUCAUUGGACCGUUGUGGCAUGAGCUUGUAUUCGGAACAGGGCAGUAAGGGAUUUGCUAGCCAGCCGCCACUUCCAGCUUCUCCACCACCUCCUCUUCCAAUGGAACCCCCUUUGUGUGAGCGUCUUGUAUCUUCUUCACCACCUGGGGCAUCUGCCUCAUUGUUUCCAGUUCCCGUUGGUUCUUCAGCUCCUUUGUCAUCAUAUUAUCCUCCACCUCCUGAAGAAAAGUCCAUAUCGCGUUAUAAGCAGCCCAAUUUACAUGUGUCGUCUCGCUCUGCUGCAGAGGAAGUCCCUGUGCAUCGUUAUACUUCAUCAUCUAUACACUCUAGAGGGAGUGAACAUCCUCUGCUAGAGGUACCUUCAGUUAAGUCAAAAGUCAUUGAUGCUUCUCACAUACUAAAGCAUCCAUACCGAGCUACGCGUCCUGAUCAUCUUGUUGUAAUUCUUCGGGGGCUUCCAGGGAGUGGAAAGAGCUAUUUGGCAAAGAUGUUACGUGACCUUGAGGUUGAAAACGGUGGCAGUGCCCCUCGUAUUCACUCAAUGGAUGAUUACUUCAUGACUGAAGUUGAUAAGGUUGAGGAGAGUGAGAUUUCAAAAUCUUCUGGUUCUAUCAGGGGCAAAAAGAUGGUGACAAAGAAGGUUAUGGAAUACUGCUAUGAACCUGAGAUGGAGGAGGCUUAUCGUUCAAGCAUGUUGAAGGCUUUUAAAAAGACCCUGGAUGAGGGGGCGUUCUCCUUCGUAAUUGUGGAUGACCGCAAUCUGCGGGUAGCUGAUUUUGCUCAGUUUUGGGCAACUGCGAAGAGAUCUGGUUAUGAAGUGUACUUGCUAGAAGCAACUUAUAAGGACCCAGCGGGAUGUGCAGCAAGGAAUGUGCAUGGUUUCACGCGGGAUGACGUACAAAAGAUGGCUGGCCGAUGGGAGGAAGCUCCUUCCAUGUACUUGAAACUUGAUGUUAAGUCAUUACUUCAUGGAGAUGCUCUGGAGGAAGGUGGAAUCCAAGAGGUGGACAUGGAUAUGGAAGAUGAUGACUCAUUGGGAGUGCCUUCCACUUUAGAUGAAGAGAAUAUUGAGGAUACUCCGGUUUAUGGCGAUGUAAAGGAUGAUCAGGAUUCAGACCAUGAAGAGGAGCAUCGAACAACUGAAGUAAAAGAAUUGGCAAAGAGUAAAUGGUCAUCUGAUUUGGACGAAGAUGAUACUCAAACAAAUAAAGACGCCACUAAAAACUUAAAUGCUCUCUCUGGGUUGAUACAAUCUUACAGCAAGGAAAGAAAGUCGGUACGUUGGGGUGACCAGGUAACCAAAAGAGGCUUUUCUAUAGGGGCAGCAAAAACUACCAGUGUAUCUUUAAUAAUUGGUCCUGGUGCAGGAUACAACUUGAAGUCGAACCCCUUGCCUGACGAAGAGAAGUUUACGUCAGCUCGAAAUAACGGUGAACCAAAGAGGCAGAACAUAUUUCAAGAGAGACUGCGAGCAGAGCAUGAGUCGUUUAGGGCUGUUUUCGAGUCCUUCAGAACUGGCUUUGACAAGAGGCGGCAGCGGAUAGUUGGGCUUAAUGCUGAAGAUGAAUAGUGCACUGUAGAUAGGGGUUUAAAAUCGCAUAUUAGCAAUUUUGUUUGUUUUUUUUGAUAGUUCUUGCCAUAGAGGAAGAGGCCUGCCUGGUUUCUUCUGCUGGGGAGGGUUUAGGGCUAUUUGUAUUGUUGUAGCAAAAGAGGUAGUUGGUGCCUGUGAAUAGAAGGGCCAUGCCAUGGGUCCAUUGAGUUUGUACUAUUGGAAAUUUUGGUAACGAAGGUUAUCAAUGACAAAAGUGAUUUCUUGAAAGUAAAAGAUAUUAUUUCUCUA